UGGUCGCUCGGUUAGAAACUCGUCGAUUCCGUUUACACGCGGUAUCAUCUUCGUCGAGCGUGUCCGUCGAAAUACGAACCGUCUCGCGAUCGAAAGAUAAGCCUUAUCCGGGUGUCGUAAAAAAGCAAAUAUCGCGCUAACGAUAGCAAAUCAAUGCGCGAAUUGCGCAACGAUCUAGAUAGUUGCAACGGUAAAAGUUGCAAUUUGUUCAAACAUGGAAACGAUCGGUUCGAAACGAGGUUUUGGAUUUAUAAGAGUUUCGCGUUCUUCGUGUUCGUGCCACGAAUUCCAGAGAAAAUGCGAAACACGCGACGAAAAAGGAAAAGGCCGCGCAAUCCCGUGGAAACGAAAAUGAUAUAGAUCGCAACGACCAGAGGCUUCAUUUUCUACGAUAUCGUGGACUCGCAACAGCGAAUCGGUCGAGCGCGAUUUCACGGUGGCUACGACAGGUAAACGGUCGACAAUUUUCCGCUUCGUCACGACCAUUCUGACGAAUUCGUCGUGUACGCAACAGAGUCGCCUACGAGCAUCGACGAUUACGCAAAGGACCUGUCGCUCGAUCGCGAGAAUCUCUGGUAUCGUCAAAAAGAGAGGAAAAAAAAGGGAAAUCGCUAAAAGUUCCCCGCAUCCGUGCUAGAAGACUCUCGCGUGUUCGAAAGCGAUCCGGUCGAACCGCUUUUCGUUUCAUUAUCUCGUAACGAAUCGUUAUCGUGUACCCGGCCGAGGCCUCGGUCACGGUAAUCGCUCUGCGCGGGGCUACGCCGAUUCGAGCGGUGCGUUCGCGCGAAUCGCAUUUACCAGCAUUUCCGGAAGUAGUGCGUACAGGAAGGAAGGUGGCACGGAGAGAGGGAAGGCGAGUUCUGGACGGACGAGCAAACGGUAGUCGUCAAAGCGGUAUCAGGGGCAAGUUACUCCUCCCUCUUCCUCGUUCAAAGUGCUCGCGGAGCCGUGCUCGCCGGCUUCGGCACCAGCUUUGCUUAGUGUCGUUUACUCGCGCGCGCUGCUCGCAACACGCUUCUCGAACACGCGAUCAUUCGAAUAAUUUUGCGAUUACCGCCGACUUGUGACGGUAAGAAUUAGACGACAGCGAACGACGAUUCGAACGAGCGAAAUCGCCGAAUCGAAAGAGAACGACGAGAAAAGGGAACACGACUACGAGAUCCGGUGUCGAUGGAAGGGUCAACGAAUGAUUUUCUUCGACGCGACGCGUUCUUUCUCGCUUGUCUGAUGCUCCUCGGUUCGGCGAUUUGUCCGUGCCACGGAAAAAUUCAGACGCCCAUGCACAUGGCCCAACUCACUCAGAAGGGAUACAUUCAGUUUCUACGCUGGGAACUACCCGUGCCGGAGAUCACAGAGUUCACCUUCUGCCUGUGGGUCCAGUCCAACGACCUCACUCACCCCCAUUCCAUAUUCUCUUAUUCGAAAAACGAACGCGAACGGUUGGUCCGAUCGUGGAUAUCGCCGAAGGGAAGAAGCGUCCACUUAGAAAUCGGAGGGAAGCAGGUGGUCGCGUCGGCGACCGAGAUACGCGAGAAGCGUUGGUACCACGUGUGCCUGAGCUGGGAAAAUCGGGUCGGCCUGUACGGUUUGUGGAUCAACGGACAACUGUGGGCUCGCGGCCAAUCGGACGAGACGGUAGGCCACGUGAUACCGAGCGGGGGCGACAUCGUGCUCGGGCAGGAGUACACGGAUUUCGACAAGGGGCUCGAAGAAGGCAUCGAGGGAUCGGUUCUGGGCUUUAAUCUGUUGCUGGCCUCCGCUUUCGAUCCCUCGGCGCGGGGCUACGGAACGGAAAGCGGCCGCAAUCCGAUUGCUCUACCUUCCGGCAGUGGCUACCCAAGUUACGGCAACCGAGCUUCGUUUCCGAGCAUUUCGACUAAACCGCCGCAACACGGUAUCGGUCAGGGGUCGCGGACACUGCGAGUGUUCUUCCCGAAUCUCGACCGCUUGCGAGGCCCUCGAUACGCCGACGGUUUUCGAUCGUCACAGUUGCGACCGACGAAUCGCACCGUGAGCGACCAGCCCGCUUCUGGAACGAGAACGAUCUCGAGCCCGGCGUGGAUCGGCGGAGCGGAGACGAGCGAGGAACCGCUCGGCUUACGAUUAGUCAAAUUGUCGUACGUUCGCUGCGAGAUCGGCAGAGGAAGUCCGUUCAUAGGCGGCUCGUUGAUGCUCAUUUCCUGGAGCAGGACUCCAGUUCGCGUGUUCGGAGGAGCCAUCCUGAAGAACGCGAAGAGCGAGUGCGGCAACUUUUGAGCAACGAUACGGAUCGGGGC